AUGGCCUACUUGACUACUGAGAAGCCUUCUGAUGCGAUCACCACCCCUCAUGGUCUCUACAUCACCAUGCAAUAUCUCAGCGACGCUGGCGGCCAGAACAAUUAUCAUUGGGGGCUCUUUCUGGCGAGUGAUCAACUACCACGGGGUCAAUUACUUCAUGCUGCCCGUGUUGACGGCCAGCCCUUAGAUCUCAAUCUAGAAAUACAGAACGUCGCAGAUCCUCGACGACUCGGAAGAAUCGUCGCCUGCCUCCAAAUCUCUACUUUGAAAUCAACGGAUGCUAUAGAAACAUGCGCAAAGUCCGUUGACGUCAUGGACCCGAAUCGUGUCCCAACUAGAGAAGCGAGGUGGACUUCUCGCGUGUGGGUGAAACAGGUCCUCGCUUCUUUGAACAAGGGGGGGCAUAUCAAGCUUCCAAUGACUGUUGAUGAACUCGAGCUUUACUGCCAAGCGGCAGCGGAUUCGCACUUGCAGACGCAGAGAAGUGGAGAUCCUUGGUUACAUGUAGCCAACGACACGCGUUGGUGUUCGUAG